AUGACCAUGACCGAUUUGCCGGAUCUGGACAGCGGUGAUGGCAUCAAGCUGCUGGACCUCGACGAACCUGAUAGGGAGAAGCUGGCAGACUUUUCUUCUGAUGAUGAGUCGGAGAUGUUCUUUGAGCCGAUGAAGCCAGAUGGAGAAGAGCUGGCGCAGUCGGAGGCCGAGAACAUUGUCUUGAUGAUUGACGAAGGCAACCCAGACUCAGCAUCUUCCUGUUGGAGGCCGGGAAAGGAACUAGGCAAACAGCUCGGUCGUGGGCAGGGUGCUGGCAACUUUCAGACGCAGACACAGAUGAUACUGUGUAACGUGUUUUUCGCAUUGCGAAGGCUUCCUCGAGCCUUGCUGCAAGAGAUCAGUCGAGGUUGCAGACCCACUUCUUUCAAGAAGGCCAAAAGCUUGGCAGCAGACGUGGCUGGCCAACUCACCCGAGUCGCUGGCAACUCAAUCCGUGGAGUCGUGUCGAAGCUUCGGAGGGCAGGUUGGCAGAUCAAGGAGUCGGAGCCCGUGUGCAAUACAGAAGAGGCUGCCAAAGCAUCAAUCUGUCAUUCACAAAGUGAGUCGGUCAGUAUGCAGCUCUUGGUGACAGAGGUGUUGGCCAAUGCGGCGGAGAGCAACUCGGACGAGAGCCUUCUCCGUCGCCUUUGUCGUCUGCAAGACCAUGGGUUUGGCGUUGGGGAGAAGUUGCAUUCGACACAGUUCUUCCAGCUCGUUGAGCACCUGGCUGCAGCUUACGUGAAAGAAGUCGACGCAGGUGAUCUCUCGGCCCGGCAUCAAGUCGCACUUUUCCUUGAUAUUCGACAUCGUAUCGCUUGGGAGGAGCUUCUGGGUGCACCGUCAGUUGGUGGCAACCACACUGGAGAGCAGGUUGCAGCUCAGGCUUUAUUAGCGCUGGAGUCGCACCCAAGCAUGCUGAAUCGACAGACUGCCGCACGUCGCCUGGCAGCCAUAGGAGGCGACGGAGCAAUGGUGGCUGGAGGGGAUCAGGCACGUCACAAGUCGACAAAGGCUGCAAAGCAUUUGUGGAGUUUGAUCCGCGGUUCGGACCCGGAGUCCUUUCUGGAAUGG